CUGUGAUUGGCUGAUCCACCGCCCGAGGUCGACGGCAGCAUAAAUCUCCGGUCACUUCCGGUGCGCGCGCGAUCCAAGAUGGCGGACGACGGGGAGCAGCAACAGACCACGAACACUGUAGAGGAGCCUCUGGACUUGAUCCGGCUGAGCUUGGACGAGCGGAUUUAUGUGAAGAUGAGGAACGAGCGGGAGCUCCGAGGACGGCUACACGCAUAUGACCAGCACCUUAAUAUGAUACUGGGAGAUGUUGAAGAAACGGUGACAACCAUUGAGAUCGAUGAGGAAACCUAUGAGGAGAUCUACAAGUCUACGAAGAGGAACAUCCCCAUGCUGUUUGUUAGAGGAGACGGUGUUGUACUUGUUGCUCCUCCCCUGAGGGUCGGCUGAUGAACCCGCAAACACAUGGCGUCCGUAACGCACCAGAAUAUCCGUAACUGGCCGCCUCCCUAACAGCUUAGGUUCUGGGUUGAGUUGGCAAAACACCUUUACCUGUCCUGGUCUCUCUUGGUGCCGAGUGUGUCUGCAGAAUAUUGGGCAGCCGUGUGUUCCGCAAUUAAUAUCAUUGUCAUAAUUGUCAGCCUAAAUACGGCUCCACUUCCCUACAAAGUUUUUUCUAGAUUUUCUUUUCUUUUUAAUAUUCAGUUUGUGGAAAGUCAGACGUCCACUGUUUUCACCUCCUUGGCAGAUGCCACAGACUUUAGUUGUUUUUUACAUUAUUUAGAAAUAUGAUAUUUUGUGAAAUACUGAAAAGUUCUUUUUAUAUUUGACUCUGCAACAGAAGGCUGGUACAGGUUUUACUGUAUACAGAAGAUAUACUUCAUUUGAGAAUUGCCGUGAAAUGAUCAUUGGUGCCAUCAUUUGUUUUGAGCUGGUUUGUGAUGACUUGUAAAGUAAACUGUUCAUGAGCUGAAAA